AUGGUACCCCCACCUAGGGUCGACCGCGGAACACGCAUUGUCAAGCUGGUUGUCGGACCCGAAGAUGAUCAACGCGAAUUUGUCCUUCAUCGAGACCCUCUGUGCGCAUCCUCCAAAUUCUUCGCACGAGCCUUCGCUGGAGAAUUCAUUGAAGGGAGAACUCAAGAGAUGAAAUUACCCGAAGAAGAGGCCGAAAUCUUCGCCUUCUUCGUUGACUGGCUCUAUGUUGGGGAUGAGGCAGUCUGCGGCAAGGCGUUCAUGACAGCCAAUAAUCUAUGGUAUACCGAUGUCUUCUGGCUCAAGGUAUAUCGCAUGGCUGAUCGUCUUCUGAGUCCUGGACUACAACUGUCUGCGUAUCUCGAACUCAAAGGUGUCUUCUCCUAUAAGCCGACGCUCCCGUCGCGCGAGUUCAUCCACUCACUAUUCGCUGGCGGCGAUCUCGGUGCCAUGGAAAUAUACGUGGUCGAACAUGUGGUAUUCUGGUUUUACAGAACACAACCACAAGAGAAGCAAGAUUGGGCUCGACUCUUCAACGUCACUGAACGGUUUGGCAUGGCGAUAGCCUCCGCCAUGAUACGCGCUGAAACCGAGAGGGAUUCUACGCCUCAUCCAGAUGACCAAUAUCAGUUUGAUGAAAAGCAUGGUCUGGAUCUUUGUGAGAUGUACGUAGAGGCCAGAAGAGCAGACGAGAUCCUUUCACCCCUUCCGGAAAGGAGCUACAUGAUGCAAGACUAA